GUCAAAAGGAAGCAUUAAGCAUCAAUGUAAUAUCGCAUUAAAGCUGGUAUGGACGUGCCUGCAUCAUGAUUUGGGUCAUAUUUAAAAGCAUAAAAUCGCUUUUAAUUACCAUGCACCUAAUAAGCAAAUGAACCGCAUACAGUCUGCCUGAAGAGCAGAGUGGAACCCAUGAGCACCAACGAGGCGAACCCAUGUUGUUGCCACUGAGCCGGCUCUAACAGAUGACCGCGACAUAUUAACGAGAGCACAGAGGGAUACAGCAAGUUUUUUUUAAUGCUCAGUUGACUGGAUCACUGACAAAUGAUACUUCUUUGAUGGGACCCCGAGUGUCAGCUCUUUCUAUUCCAGCGAGAUUUUGCCGACAUCCCGCCAUGCCACAAUGGUUAUAAUUCUGCUCUUGUUGUUACUGAGCUCCUUGGAUCCGAGUUUACAGGAAUCUCUGGCUCCGAGGCUGACCAGGACCCCAAGGGCGCCUUGUGCCAGGGGCCAGGCGUGUGACCCAAGGCAGCGGCGAGAUGCUGGUGGACGCGGCGGGGUUUACGAGCACCUCGGAGGAGCGCCAAGACGCAGGAAACUUUACUGCGCCACAAAAUAUCAUUUGCAAAUUCACCCGAACGGAAAAAUAGACGGAUCUCUUGAUGAAAACAAUCCUUUCAGUAUACUCGAGAUCACAGCUGUGGAUGUCGGUGUCGUGGCGAUCAAGGGCCUGUUUUCGGGAAGAUACCUGGCUAUGAAUGAGAAAGGACGUCUGUAUGCUUCAGAAGUCUUCAACCGAGAGUGUGAGUUUCUGGAGCGCAUUCAUGAGCUAGGCUACAACACCUACGCAUCAAGGCACCAUGCUACAACCCAGCCUCCACCAACAGGGUCCGGGGCAGGGGGCGGCAAGCGUCGUGCCAGUUCUAAAAGGCAGUGGUACGUGUCCAUCAACGGGAAGGGCCGGCCCAGGAGGGGCUUUAAGACACGGAGCACGGACAAAGCUUCCCUCUUCCUGCCCCGUGUUCUGGGCAACAAGGACCAUGAGAUGGUGCGCAAGCUCAGAGAGAGCCAGCGGCACCAGGCGGGCUCUCACAGAGUUGGUAGAGCAGAACGCAGAAGACGACGACACAGGGGCUCCAAGGGCCACAGCAGAAGGGCUGACAUUUAACACUCUCUUGACACAGAUGGAGAAAAGAUCCACUGAGAGUCCAACAGACCAAAGGAGUCACAUGGAACAAUUUUCUCGGGAGAGGAUGAUUUUCAAAAAAACCUUUUGGGGAAUUAUGUGACAAGAAGGGCAGAGAAUGAAGAGAAAACAUCCAUUUAAAGCCCAGUAUCUGAAACACGAAGACAGUCCAAAUAGGUUCAUGUGACCAAAUUUAACACUACUGAAAGUUUUCUUUUGCAUUUUUUUUUGUUGUUGUUCACACUAAAGUCUUUCCUGCUAAAGACAUGUAAUUAUUGUACAUAGAUGUACAGUCAUUUACGUUUUUAUGUGAGAAAGAUAACAUAGAGUAAAUGUUUGUAAUCAUAAAUUAGGAUGUUGUACAAGUGCUUGACAAUGCCGACAAUGUGUUAUGUAUUGGACUACGGCUUUAUAGGUGGUGUACAGACAAGCACUUUUUCCUUAUUGAAGUAUAAAGUAGACAAACAAAGAUCCAUACACAUAAAACAGAUGCUUUUUAACUUACAUGUGAUAGGCUACUGUUCUUAAACUGCAAUCAGGAGUACUUUGUAUAUUACUAAUGUAAUACAUAUUUAUUUUGUUUAUAUGUUUUUAAGUUAUUGAUGACAUAGUUUCUACACUUCCAAAUAUCAAAGAUUUACUUCAGAAGAGAUUAAUAGUUACCGCUGUUAGAAUAACACUGUUAUCUUUGAACAAUCGAACAAUCCCGUAAGAGUAGACUCUUCAGUUUUCUAUUUCUUAAUACAAAUUGGAGUCUAAAUAUAUGUAAUGACAUCAACUCUGAAGCAUAGUUUUGAUAAAUGUCAUAUGUAUUGAACACUGUAAGCUGAGUAAUGCAUUAAAACGGCAUUGUUUGACACUGAAAGCUAAACAUCUGGAGGAA